AUGGCCGUAAAAUCGCUUGCCAUAAUUUCAGAAGCAGUUGCCAGGCGCUUCGCCAAGGAAUAUUCCGUCGCCCUCUUGUCGAACAGCCCGCAGCCGUUUCCCCACAUGAUAGAGGAUAUCAAUAACUUCGGCGGCAACACCGCGUUUCGCAAAAUUGCCAGCCACUUCCCCGGCGCAUUACUAGCCGCUGCCGCAUAUAACCCGCCCGAGCGAUUCAGGGAAAAGCGCCACACGAAACACGACGAGUACAAUCUCAUGGAAGAUUUUCACAAGCAAACAUACUCUAAUCACUCAUCUGGAGAAGGAGUCUUUAAUUUCGCCCGGCACACCCUGCCUCUUCUCAGAGACGCAAAGAGGGACCUACAGUACCCACCCACGCUGCUCAUCACCGGAUCAGCGGCGAGUGUAACCGGGUUCCCGCGCCUGGCGAGCUACUCGGCGGGCAAAUUUGCGAUCCGGGGCCUGGCCCACUCUCUCGCGCGGGAAGAUGCUCCCCAGGGAAUCCACGUCGCGCAUAUCAUCGCCCACGGCAGACUGGAAAAGUCGGAAUUUGCGAUCGAGAGAUACACCCAUCCGAUAGGGAAUGCUAGGAAGGUCGCCGAUACAUACUGGGAUCUACAUGUGGAGAAGGAUCCGAAUGAGUUUACUCUGGAGUAUGAUCUCCGGGAUAAGGAGUCGUCAAAGCUACAUCCUUGA